AUGUCAACUGCCACCGCAGGCAGAGUCAUCAAAAGUGUGACAGAAGAAAGCCGAUUUGCAGGCGAUGUGAGGCUAAAGGCCUUGAUUGCAGACCGGCGCGACGCCAACCCGUCUUUCGGCAUGGCUCCACGGCAAUUCUGGAUGCCAAUUUCAAACAAGACCAGACAUGGUACGGCAGUCUCAGGGUCAUCGCCACACCCCGAGGCACCACUGCCUGGCCUGGGCCAGACUUCCAGUGAUAGACAUGAUAUCCAUUCUCGGAAUCAUCAAAACUUUGACUCCGAUAGGCCUGGAAAUUAUGCGCAAAUUGAAGCCUCCGGAGAAUUUCGAUCCGGGAAAGAGGGCACUGGACUGACAGGUGUCUCUCCCCACUCCUCGGCCACCAUCUCAGACUCCCCGACAAUUUUGCAGAGCCGCGAUGGAUUUUUCAACACACAAUAUCCACCAAACUCAAGAUGCCACCCGGACGAUGAUAAUGCCCGGAACGGAGCUCAUAUAACAAUUCACGGAGGCCUUUCUGAGUUCGGCCAUCAAUCCCCCUCUUCUAAUGGAAGCCUCGGGCAUGUGACAGCCGAUGUUCAGGAGUCUUGCUUGCUCCGCUACUUCAUCGAGGAGCUGUCUCCUUGGUUUGACCACUGCGAUGACCGUAGACAAUUUCAGUUGGUAGUUCCUCGUCGGGCUGCGCAGUGUCUAGCUCUGAAAAAUGCUGUCUUUGCAGUAUCCUCCCGUCAUCUCUCUCGCUUGCCUCAGUAUAUGACUCCUCAUGGCGUCGUGUAUCGCGGGCAGGCUCUUCCCAAUUUGAAACACACUACUUCACUUGAAUACAUGCUGAAGUGUAUUCCAGAACUGAUUCAAUUUCCAGAAAUCCAAGAUCCGCGACAUCAGGAGAACAUAAUGGCCGCCACUGUAAUACUGCGUCAGUAUGAAGAGAUGGAAGAGGAAACUGAGGAAAACGAUGAGAAGUCCCAUGCCAACGAUCGAGUCAACUUUUUGGCUAUCACUCAAACCAUCAUCGACACAAUGAUUUCAACACCAAUCCACCAUUCCCUUGCCGCUGCGGCACACUGGAUCACGAUUCGACAGGAAGUAUACUAUGCGUUCACCAGACAGCGAUGCCCGCAAUUCCGGCUCGGCACUGAGCACUGGCAAACUACUUCGGUUGCCAACACCAUGGUAAUGUUCGCCAGUCAGGUAGCACGAUGGCGCUGGGGAAUGAAGAAAGCUGAAGAAUGGGAGCCGUUAAAGAUGCAACAUCAACACCUGAGUCAAGAGUUCCGAUCUGAAUUGGAACCACUCCUUGAGCAAAAGCCAGAUCGAGCUAAGGGUGAAAUAUUCCCUACGAUUUGGUAUUGUUACGAUUCCCAGGUGACGGCCAUCCAGCACUUGAAACUGGGUGAGAUGAUUCUUAUUGCGGAAAGUCCGCAUCUAGAAAAUGCUAGAGGGGCCGUUCAUCGCAAGGCCGAGGCGCAAGUCCGAUCCAUCGUGCUAAGCAUUUGUGGAAUCGCGAUAAAUCAUCCGCGGUGCCAGCCUGCGAUGGUGAAUGCUGUUAUUUCGAUCACGCUUUAUGGUGGGUACUUCACCCGGCCCGAGGACAGGGACGCAUUGCUUGGGAUUAUACACCAAACUAUGGAGUUGCAUUCGUGGCCUAUGCGAAAGCCUUGCCAACAACUGCUAGACCAAUGGGAAAUGGUAGAUAAUGCCGAGCUCUAG